AUGGUAAUCAACUAUAUAUAUCAAGCUAACUGGCCAAGGCAAUUUGCUGAAUGUGGACUCCAAAAACAAACUCCAAUUAACAUUGAUACCCAAUCAACUAAAUACAAAUUAUUGAAUAUUAAGUUUAACUAUUUUGAUCAUAAUUGGAGCUAUAAAUUGGAAAACAAUGGCCAUUCAGCCGACCUAACCGUUACGGAGGAUGAACUAAAACCAUCGAUUAGUUUCAAUUCACAAAACUAUAUGUUUAAUGGCUUACACUUUCAUUGGGGAACUCAGGAUAACAAAGGCAGCGAACAUAGUAUUGAUAAUAGAUUUUAUGCCUUAGAGUUACAUUUUGUUCACUACAAUCAAAAAUAUGGUUCACUAAACAAUUCACUAACUAAACCGGAUGGACUGUUAGUGUUGGGCGUAUUAGCCCAACUUAGCCAAACAUCUAACCUGAACCUGAAAUUGUUGACCAAAGCGGUCAAACAAAUAACUAAAUACAAGUCAACAAUUAGUAUACCGACUAAUAUUAAUUUACAACUAAACAAACUGAUGCCGAAAAACAUAAACGAAAUUUUCAUAUAUAAAGGCUCACUAACCAUACCUCCCUGCUAUCAGUCAGUUAUCUGGCUAGUGAUUCAUACACCCAUUAAUAUUAGUAUUGAUCAGUUGAAUGCUUUUCGCAAUUUAAAAGGAAAAUCUGGUAAUAAAUUACUAACUACUCGACGAAAUAUUUGUCCAUUGAAUGGACGCAUUGUUUAUACAACUAAACAAAAAUGA